GCUUUGUUUUGUUUUGUUAGUGUUUUGAGUUGGAGAGGCAGAGCGUGCAUGGGGAGAUAUUCAUUGGGAAUGGAAGAUGCACACAUUUCUCUGAAUGUUUAUAAUAGUAAAAUGCCGAGUUUUGUCAGCAGUUAUGACGAAGAGACAGUCUGCAAUCCAUCAGAAGUGUUUGAUAAAGUUGAGACAUCAGGCACAGAUUUUAUUCAAGAUGUCAGGGAAACAAAGAUCCGAACACCAGACAUGUUAUUGGAGGCUCACAAACGCAGAGUUGAGAGGACGGGUAGUAAAGAAAAUGUGGAUGGAUACAGUUUUAGAAAACCAGCAACUGCAGUUGAUGUUUUGAGGAGGAAUUUCGGGUCGACGCGAUCUCCUAAUUCAAAUAACAAAUCAGCAGACGACCAAAACGACCCAGAUGGUGCCAUGAUAGACAUUAUUUUGAAUGAACGAAUUAAUUGUGUGGUUCUUGAAAAGUCAAGUGGUAGUGAAACGAAGGAUGGAAAAGAGCGAAUGGCAGAUCACACCGAGGGAUUAACGUCAACCGAUUUGAAUGAACUUGAUGUGACAGAUUCUGGAUACAUUUGUGAAAGUAGCAGGGCGGAUGACGAUGUCGUACAGUUAAAGGAACAUGUUUACUGUACCGUAUAUUGUAUUGCAAAUGACAACUACAGGAAACCGUUGGACCAUACCGGAGAACACCAAUAUAAUGGGGCGAUGACUCCGUCAACAUCAAACGUCGCCACAGAUCCAUCCCCGGAUUUGCGGCAGCAGAGCGAUUUGGAAAUGGGCCUCAACACCAUUCCUGAGCCAUACACCCUGUCGAACCUGAUUGAUCCUAGAACUCUGAGCAACUUUUACAGCGGGGAUUACAGUGUAUCAGUUGUCUUGACCUGUCGAAUCUGUCUGGAUAACAAGCACAUAAAGCCACUACAUUGUUGCAAGAAGGCUGUCUGUGAGGAAUGCCUGAAGAGAUACAUCAGUUCACAGGUCAUGGUAGGCCGAGCGGACAUCGUCUGCCCCGUCACCGAGUGCAGCGGUUACCUGGAGGAGACUCUGGUGGUGUCCCACCUGGGCAGCGAGGAAGUCGCCAAAUACAAGUACUUCCUGGAGCUGAGCCGGAUCGACUCCAGCACCAAACCCUGUCCCCAGUGCAGCCAGUUCACAUCGCUGAAAGGACGCACUCCCGGCAGGGCAGAGCACAAGUACAAGAUCCAGUGCGUCAAGUGCCAGUUUGUUUGGUGUUUCAAAUGCCACGCCCCCUGGCAUGAGGGCCUGAAGUGUCGGGACUACCGGAAGGGGGACAGACUUCUGCGUAACUGGGCCAGCGUCAUCGAACACGGCCAGAGGAACGCCCAGAAGUGCCCCCGGUGCAAGAUCCACAUCCAGAGGACGGAGGGCUGCGAUCACAUGAACUGCACCCAGUGCAACACCAACUUCUGCUACCGCUGCGGCGAGAGGUACCGCCACCUGCGCUUCUUCGGGGAUCACACGUCCAACCUGAGCGUGUUCGGCUGCAAGUACCGCUACCACCCGGAGAAGCCCCACCUCCGCCGGCUGGUCCGGGGGUCCGUGUGCGUGAGUAAGGUGCUGGUGGCCCCUCUGCUCCUUGGGCUGGUUGUGGUGGUGGGAGCCUUGUCCCUGGUCAUAGGUCUCGUGGCCUUCCCUAUCUACUACAUCUGCAAGAAGAGACGGAAGCGCACCCAGGGUACUGGCAGCUGGCUCUGAGCUGAAGACCAUGGGCCAGUCCAGUCCGGGCAGGACCCUGCUCCAGAGAGGGGGUAGUUGGUGGAGGUAGCCCUGCCAGCCCGUCUCCAGCCCGUCUCCAGCCCGAGAAGAGCAACACUUUAGACUGGGCUUCUUUCUCUACCGCAUGUCCACCACAACCCUAUGUGGUUCCUGCUCACAGAUCUAAAGGUUCACAGAGCACACAGAAUAGUCUACCACUGUUCCCAAGCAGUCCACUCUUCUCACAGUGGCUCCAACAAUAGAGAACACCCUGGCCACUGGUCUGACCAGUUACCUGCAGAACACCACUUACCUACGGAAUAGUUUCAGACUAUUUCAUUAAUGUUUCUAGUCUAGUUUUUACUUUAGUCUGGGCUCAUACAGCAUGGAUUGUGAAACAGAAAACAUUCGGAUAAAAUGGGAAAGACCAGUGUUCGUUCGUGUGGGUGAAUCGAUCACCAUUCUGUAGGCUACCCUGAAAGGCUGCAUAUUUAUUUAAUUAUCAGGGAUUUUAUUCUGCUGUGUUCAUAGAUGGUUAAAAAACAAUAAGAAACCGAUUACUCAUUGUUAAUGACCAAUCCGUAACUGUACACACUGCAAGUGGUGCUUGGGUUUCAGUGAGAUUCAGGCUUCAUUCCAUCAACACACACACACACACACACACAAACAGAUUGUGACACACACAAUAACACACCCGUUUCACCGCUUCCAAACCUGCCAACACCAGAGUGCUGUCCCCCAGCCCUGUGGUAUUUGCAUCAUCAACAGAAUCCAUGUAGGUAUUUUCCAUUGUGAAAAAAACUAUGGGGACAGCACUGUUGAAAUAACUGCUGUUUGAUGCCCUGUAAUCAUUGAUCAAUGCUUAUCCCAUUUUGCAAGGUAGGGUUUUGCCCUACUGCAUUUUUAAGUGUUGUUUUAUCCUACAUGAUGUGGUCCGGGUUUUGCUCCAGUUGAAGGAAAGAUGCGUGGAAACCACACUGACCUGGACACAGGUCUGAGCGUUUACACAGACGAUAGUCGGAAUAGUGCUUCAGGUGCCACGAUAUAUUUAUUUGUUUAAAAAAAAAAGAAAUGUCUUGCCUCCUUCAAUGGUCAAUGUUAGAUGUCUGCUUUGAGAACAGAUAUGAAAACGUGUUGAGAAGAUGGAUGUAUAUGGAGGCUGGACCGACAAACAGACGGACAUUAAGAACCUUCUAUAAUAGAUCGAGAAGUAGGAGUUUUGUUAGUUACUUUGAGAAAGAUAUUUAAGGAACUCGCCUAUAAAAUCAGUAGAUUGUGUUGAACAAUCGCUUCCCCAUAGUCUUCCGUUAUUUAUACUUAGUUUGUGGCAGACCUGCUAUAUGUUUAUGAAUUUGUCCAGGAAGUUUGUUACUCGUGUCAGGGGUUUCUCUUUGCACAAAAGGUGAGGCUUGUGUUUUCAUUGAAUUAAUAAUUUGCUCCAUCCAAUUCUCAAUUUUCAUAUCAAACCAGGAUUACUGUAGGGAAUUUCUUAUGGAAACCUUUUUUUAUCCUAACACAAUUUUUAUUUGAAAAAAAAAAAACAUUACAACAUAAUUGACAAUCAAGUCUCUGUUGUGCUUGUUACUGUAACCCCAGUGUUACACUAGUGCAAGGGCCCCAAAAAGUUUCCACUUUGGCUCCACUUUGGGGACGAUUAUGCGUGUGUCAUGGGUGCUUAAACUUUACAGCAAAAUCAUUGGGCUGUAAAACAAAAGAAAAAUUACUAAAUACGUUAGCUAACAUGGGCUAGCUAGUUAAUUUUGACAUUUUCAGAAGUUAUUGUCUACAGUAAUGUAUGUGACAAAAGGAAAACGGAUAGUGCACUGCUUUAUAAUUAUAUUAAAACUUCACAGUAUGUUUAAAACUUUGCAAGGAAGUAAUGUCUGCUGACCCCUCUGGGCAUUAAGGUAUGCAGCCUGAUGUUGUAAUAGGGAAAUGUGGGGCUUUUUGAUAAAGCUUCUUGGUUAUCUUCAGUGGAAAUGCACCAUUAGAUUAUUUUCCCAGGGGGCUUUGGUGUAAGUAACCUUGUAACAAUAGACCUGGAGCUGUGCCAGAAAAUGAUAGCGUCUCUGAAGCUUUAAAGCUGGUAACUUGGCUACGGUACACCAACCAUAUCCAACCAAAACCCCUGCCAUCUCUCUCUGGGAACUCAAACUGUCCGACAAGUCAAACUAUCUGACCCCCAAACAAUGCAUUGUUUAUUAUUGUGUCAUUAAUAACACAGAAUAUGAUGAUGGAUGUUGACGAAACUUUGAAAUCCAUUAGGCUUUUGUAUUUGUUCUCAGGGAGCAUUCUGUUCAUGUUCUCUGUUCAUGUUGUCUUUCCUGCAUUUCGCUGGAACUCCCACUGUGCCAGUAUAUGAUCAAAACCUGUCACACUAAUUGACUUUAAAGAGCCGUGUACGAUUUUCAUCAUACUUCUAUUCAAUUCAUAACCUGGAUAUAUUAAGAUGCUGUCGUUUGAUGCCGUUGUUAGCUUAUACGUGUUACAUUUCCACCUGACACAUUAAGUAAUCUGUGCAGGUUGGUGGUCCUUCUCUUAUGUGUAUGUUUGUCAUCUGACUGGAGCCCUUAUUAGUGCCAUUGUGGCAUUUUCACCAUAAACAUUAACUAGUGCCUUUACUAAGAUAAUUGAUAUUGGCUUGAUCGUUGUGAAAUGUUACUUCUCUCUUUAAAUGGAAUAUAAUGUCUGCGUCAAAAUGUCUGUAGUUUGCACAAAAACAGAACUUAUUAGUUUACCCCGAUCUAUGAUCUAGUAGUUUAUCAUCGUUCUUCGUGUGUGGGUCGCUUUUGGACAUCUAAUGCACAGAUCUGUAUUCUACUUUUGUUUGUGGUUCUUCUAUGCUGCUGUACCACUGUCUUUACACUUCAUGUAAUACAUGUUUUGCAACAACUAAUGUAUGUUUGGAAGAGGUUCAUGGAGUCAUUAAACAUUGAUGGUUGAAAUGCCCAAAACACCAA